AUGUUGAGCUUGGCUCAUGAAACGGCGUAUGCAGACAAGAAGCAAGACCAACACGAAAGAAGAAAUGCAGAGAAAAAUAAAGACAGAGAAAGUAAAGGAAGAAGGAGAAAAAACCCCGCAUAUUGGUCCAAAACAGUAGUGGUAGUGGUAGUGCAACCGCGAUGCAUGCCCCCCCCCCCCGGAUGCGCCCGUUUGCCUGCUAGUAGCAAUUUAGGGCUGGUUGGCUGCGACACCUACCCAGGUGUGGGUAUACUAGAAGCUGCAUCAACUGUACACUAA